AUGGCCAAUGAAGAGAAGUACUUCGAGGGGAUGUACGGAGCUGCGGCCUUCAUAGUCGGUGAGCCAACAAGCUUUUGGCAACUCUCGCAUUACCCGACUGGCCGCGUAGAAUUCAGGUAUCACAUGUGCGCAUCUCUGAAAUGCGUGGAAAGUGGAAUACAGGGACCAGAAACGCAUGCACGCACGCACGCCCCUCAACUAGAGUUGUUGGACUCGGUUAAUCCGGAAGUUUCCCCAGGAGAAAAACCAUGUGAACCACGGAUGGGGAAGGGCAAAUAUCCAGGAGCCGUCCGUACCCAUGACACACACACAGCACUUAGUUUACUGGAAGAUUCACUCGCACGUAAGGAUGAGAUCAUGAUUGUAUUCCCGAGACAUUGCUGAUAGUCCAUGCAAGGUAAUUCCACUUUUAGUUUUUCGA